CUCAGCCAAUAGAGGUGGACGCUAGGAGUGACUGGCGGGAGGCGCACCCAACGGUUAUCCGAGCUCUCGAUCCCGGCGGCUGGAGCGGGCCAUUCAGGGGCGGGGGCGGGGCCUUGCAGACGCUUGUUGUUGUCCGGCCGGGGGAGGCAGAGGUCGCUCGCUCGCUCCUUUGCGCUCUCGGGCCUUGUGUGGCGGUCGGCGGGCAGGUCGGUCGCGGGAGUCGGUCGCCGUGCAGGGGCGAGGCUAUGUCGCGGUGGCAGCCCGGCAGGGCCGGCAGGGCCGGGAGUAACGGGACGUCGCCGCAGAGCCUCUUCCCCCGGAUACAGUGCGGCCCGAACGGAGGCCGCGCCGCCGCCCUCCGGUCCUGAGGAGCUCGCGCUGCCCGGAGCCCCACCGCCUUCUUUCCCGCGCCGACGUCCACCGGCCCGCCCCGACCCGGCCACACCGAGCGCUGCGCAAGCAGGUAGGUGUCCGCCCUGUGCCGGGCGCCGAGCAGGGGCCUCCGGAACUCCAGCCCCCAGCGGACUUCGCGCUGGCGCGCGUGCGCGUCCCGGGGCGCACGGCACCCUGGGAUUUGUAGUUCCCCGCGGCUGGCUUGGGGUUUUCCUUCGCCCCGGCGGGUGCAGCCAGGCUGACGCUGGCGGGCCCUAGCUGCCGGCCGACAGGCCCCUCGGGGGUCGUGGUGCCCGCCUCUGUUCCUUGGUGUCCGAAGAACUAGGCGCCCUUGCGGAGAGGAGCAGGGAGGCCUUCGGGUUUCCUCUCCACCUCGCUAGAGGCCCCGUAGCACAGGGAAGAGCUCUGCGUCCCGGUGACCGCAGGCCCCCAGCCCCCGGUGUGCUGGAUCGCGACCCGGUGCAGGUCCUGGCCGUAACUGAGGCGCUUAGCCCGAGGUCCUGCAGGAGCCCCGUGCCUUACGGGGAGUCCAGGGAGAUGAGCUAGCGAGCCCUGGCGUGAGCAGGAGCCCUGGUACGCCCCCGGUAUCGGGCGGGGAAAAGUGGGUUGGCUGAGCUGGAGCCUGGGCCCACCACUCUCGGGUAACAGGAUCCAGUUUCUCUCUCCUGCCAGUGCUGAGGGCUCAGGAUUGAGCGCAGGAGGGACCCAGCGUGUCACUAACGGCUCCACUUACUGGCUAGGGAGGCCAGACGCUCAGCCCCAGGGCCAAGAUAGUCAGGGGCUGUUUCCCAUCCUGAGGCAACACUAGCCCCUCCGACCGCAGGACCCCUUCCCCAAGGACAUGAAGCUGUUGGAGAACUCGAGCUUCGAGGCCAUCAACUCACAGCUGACAGUGGAGACUGGAGAUGCCCACAUCAUCGGCAGGAUCGAGAGCUACUCAUGUAAGAUGGCAGGCGACGACAAGCACAUGUUUAAGCAGUUCUGCCAAGAGGGCCAGCCCCACGUGCUAGAGGCGCUGUCCCCACCCCAGACCUCGGGCCUCAGCCCCAGCAGACUGAGCAAGAGCCAAGGUGGCGAGGACGAGGGCCCGCUAAGCGACACGUGCAGCCGCAAGACCCUCUUCUACCUGAUCGCCACGCUCAACGAGUCCUUCCGGCCUGACUAUGACUUCAGCACCGCCCGGAGCCAUGAGUUCAGCAGGGAACCCAGCCUCAGCUGGGUGGUGAACGCCGUGAACUGCAGUCUGUUCUCAGCCGUGCGGGAGGACUUCAAGGCCCUGAAGCCGCAGCUGUGGGACGCGGUGGAUGAGGAGAUCUGCCUGGCCGAGUGUGACAUCUACAGCUACAACCCAGACUUGGACUCAGACCCCUUUGGGGAGGACGGCAGCCUCUGGUCCUUCAACUACUUCUUCUACAACAAGCGGCUGAAGAGGAUUGUUUUCUUCAGCUGCCGCUCCAUCAGCGGAUCCACCUACACCCCCUCGGAGGCAGGCAAUGAGCUGGACAUGGAGCUGGGAGACGAGGAGGAGGAGGAGGAGGAGGAGGAGAGCGGCGGCGGCAGAGGCGGUGAGGGCGGGCCCGAGGAGACGAGCGCCAUGGAGGAGGACAGGGUCCCGGUGAUCUGUAUGUGAGGAUGAGGAGCAGAGGCCCAGCUUCAUUCAGCUUCAACCAGUGCCGGGAACUGCCCUCUCGAGGGCCCCGAGGGCCUCCCCAGCUGGUGGUCAGCCCCUGGCUCUGCCACGGCUCCGGCGCCGCCCCAGGCCACGCCCACCCAGCCCUUUGGCUCCGCCCACAGAUGUCUACCCCGCCCCCCCCCCCACAGGCUCCCGCUGCCUGUGUUGUGGUUGGCCUGGACAGCGCAGGGCCUGUGGGAAGAGCCGCUGCCCUGCCCCCCCGGGAACUGACACCGGCAGGGGCACCCGGACUACAGAGUUUAUUUUUGUAUUUUGUGCUGGAUCAGGCAUGGACCUGCACACUCCAGCCCAAGGGCCUGAGAUCCAGUCAGCAGGCCCCUGCGGUCACCACCCUGGGCUUGGCCAGCCCCUGGCGCCCACCAGUACCCACCCUUCCCCUGCCACCUCGCCCGUUGGGCAGCGUGCACUGAGUGUCACUUUGCUGCAGCUGUUUGUUUCCAAUAAAAAUUUCUGUGACUUA